CGGCCCAGGUUCCUGGGGAAGUAGAGAGGCGCCGGACACCGACCCACACGCCCCGUUCGGCGGCCGGCGGAGGCGCGCGGGAGGGUGGAGGUGGUGCGUGCUUGUGUGUGCGCGCGCACACGUGUGUGUGGUGCGCGCGCGCGCUUGUGGAGCCCGGGUGCAGAGCGCGAGCCUUCGAGUCCCCGGGUGCGAAUCCCCCGCAGGCUUCCACGCCCUGCCCGCUUCCCGGCUCCUUCCCUCACGUCCCUCUCCGCACCCCGGCGGCCGCGUCUUCAGCCAGGGCCUGAGGAUCCCGGAGCAGGGAGUGUGCGGGACCUCGCAGACAAAGGGGGCGCAGGGGUGAGCUCGCCAUGGCCUCCCGGGGUCUGGGGGGCCUGGGCGGGGGCCGCGGCGGCAGCGGCGGCAAGAAGAGCCUGAGCGCCCGCAACGCGGCGGUGGAACGGAGGAACCUGAUCACGGUGUGCAGGUUUUCUGUGAAAACUUUGAUUGAUCGGUCUUGCUUUGAGACAAUUGAUGAUUCGUCUCCUGAAUUUAACAAUUUUGCAGCUGUUUUGGAACAGAUUCUAAGUCACCGGCUAAAAGGUCAAGUUACCUGGUUUGGUUAUGAAAGUCCUCGUAGCUUCUGGGACUAUAUCAGAGUGGCUUGUCGGAAAGUUUCACAGAAUUGUAUCUGCAGCAUUGAAAAUAUGGAAAAUGUCAGCUCCUCUAGAGCUAAGGGUAGAGCCUGGAUUAGAGUAGCACUUAUGGAAAAGCAUUUAUCUGAAUACAUCUCUACGGCUCUGAGAGACUUCAAAACAACCAGGAGGUUUUAUGAAGAUGGAGCAAUUGUGCUAGGUGAAGAAGCUAAUAUGCUUGCUGGCAUGCUGCUGGGACUUAAUGCCAUUGAUUUCAGUUUCUGCCUAAAGGGAGAGGGACUGGAUGGUACCUUUCCUGCUGUGAUAGACUAUACACCAUAUUUGAAGUUCGAACAAAGUUCUGAUAGUAUCAGCAGUGAUGAGGAGGAACUCAGAACUUUCGGAAGCAGUGACAGUGAAAGCAGCACUCCGGAGAACGUGGGACCUCCUCUCAUAAUGGAUGAAAAUAGCUGGUUCAACAAGUGUAAGAGAGUGAGACAAAAGUAUCAACUUACCCUUGAACAGAAGGGUUAUCUUGAAGAACUCUUACGACUUCGAGAAAACCAACUGUCUGAAUCUGUUUCCCAGAAUAAAAUACUACUUCAAAGGAUUGAAGAUUCUGAUCUGGCUCAUAAAUUGGAGAAAGAACAACUAGAAUAUAUAAUUGUGGAGCUUCAAGAUCAGCUGACUGUGCUAAAGAAUAAUGAUUUAAGAUCAAGACAAGAGUUAACUGCCCACCUCACCAACCAGUGGCCUUCCCCAGGAGCUCUGGAUGUCAAUGCUGUUGCCUUGGAUACGUUGCUUUACCGAAAACACAAUAAACAGUGGUAUGAGAAAAGUUAUCAAAGUCUUGACCAGUUAUCAGCAGAAGUUAGCCUUUCUCAGACUUCGUUGGAUCCAAGCCAUUCACAAGAAGGUGAUGGAAAACAAGACACAUUAAAUUUAGUCAGUGAAGGUAAAGAAGACACUCCCUCAUUACUUGGUCUCUGUGGGUCUCUAACAUCAGUGGCAAGUUAUAAGUCUUUAACAAGCCUAAAAUCUAAUGACUACCUAGCAAGUCCUACAGCAGAGAUGACAAGUCCUGGCCUAACUCCAUCCUGAGAAAACUUUAUGUAAAAACCAAAAGUUUCUAUAUUGUAAAUGUUCAGUUUACAUAAGUUUGACUGCUGGGAGGCCUUUGAAUUUUUAUAUUGUUCUGGUACUUGUUUGAAAUUCUGUUGCUUAGAGUUCAGUCCACUCACAUAGACAGACUUCUGAGCCAAAACACAAUGGGCCCUGCUAUUUUUCUUUUAAAAAUCUUGUACUUGCCAUAGAGGAAGUUCAAAAUUAAAGAGGCUUUAAAAAACUUUCAAAGAUCCUUCAAAUGAAAAAUUCUUUGCAAGUUGUACAUAGGUAUUAUUUAACUGAUUUUUAUGUGUUUGUUUAAAUGUAUCUUGGUGGCCACAGACUGAGUUCAAAGUUUGAUUCCAGGGAUUUAUGCUAAGUAGUUUCUUUCACCCUCUUAUUCAGUGAAUAAUUUUUUUCAUUUUUUCAUGAUACAUUCUAACUUCUAAUGUUUUCACGCCAUGUAUUCCUGGGGGAAGUUCUUAGAUGCAGCUUCACAGUGACUGUUUAGUUUUCCUUUUACACUGAUCAUUUGAUACCAACAAAACAUUUUCUAAAUUUUGUGGGAAUGUGCCUUGUUAGGCAGUUACUAACUUAAUUUGUAAGGGUUAUAGGGAGCGUAUUUUAUAUUAGUGAAAAAUAAAUUUAUUACCUUUGUUUUUGUGAGAUCUUCUUUAGACAUCAUCAAUGUUAGAAUGUGGUCAAUGAUGCCUAAAAAGAUGGAAACGUUUCAAAAUGUAGAAUAAAUGUCCAAAAACUGUUAUGACAGAAAAUAUUGCAAGUUUGGCUUAUCUGAGACACUUUUAAACAAAGAUAACUAAAAUAACCAUCAUAUUUAAUAAUAAACAUGUCUGACAUGCAGUGGUAUUUCUUUCUCCUUUGUGAAUAACUACAAUAAAUCAUGUCAUGCACAUUUUAUAGCCUUUAUCAUUAUGCCAUGUCAUUUUAAAAUUGAUGUUAAUGUUUUAAAAAAUGUCCCUACACUUCUAUAGGUAAAUUAAUUUUUUUAAUAUAAUCUGUAUUUUAAAUCUUUUUGCAGUUUUUGAAAGAGCUACAUUUGUCCCUAAAGAUUCCACCAUAUUGAAAAUGAAAAUAUAUAAAGUAUAUUUUCUAUAGUAAGUAAUAUGAGGAAAACAUGAUCAGUUGUGCCAAAGAAAUUUUAUACAUUGUUUACAUGAAGAGGCCACAAUACUUACCUGGGACUUCAUAUGAUAUUUUUGUUUAUUAAUAAAACAUUGUAUUCAAAAUAGCUUUGAUGUGUAGGAAGAAGUUCCUUGUAAUACUUUUUAUUUGAAGAAAGCUGAACCUACUAUAUUUGUUGUUUUUGUUAGAAAUGUCAGAGUGUGAUGGUUCUCUGUAAUAUUUUUAGCUUAGUCUGAUAAUUUGGUAUAGAAAAUAAUCAAUAGCAAGGAAGCAGCCUUUAGCCUUUAGAUCAAACAGUCCAAACACUGUGAUUUAGGGAGAAGAAAGCCGGCAAACCCUUAAAAUCAUUUAUCUUAGAUGUGCCAGAGCAUACUCAGCAGAGAUUUAUUCCUUUAGCUUAAAGCUUUACAACUUGCAGAAGUGCAAAUAUUCUUGAGAAGUGAUACCUCUAAUUUGAAUACUUACGUAUUUUACUUGAGAGUGAGAAAUCCAAAGAAGUUUUUAAUCAGCAUGAGAGAUGGGAGGAAGUUAUAAAAUGAAGACAGGAGAAACCAGGAGGAAAACUGAGAAGGAAAUGGAUUAGAAAGAGAACUUUGAAUACUUUAGGCUGGCCUUGAACUCUACCACUGCAUUCCUAGGAACUGUCAGAAUGUCUAAAUGCUUAUCCUUCAUGUUCCACUCACAACUGACAUUUAUGAUCCUUUCCAAUU